AUGGCAGCUGAUAAUGCAGUUUCGGAGAACGCUCCAGAAAAACUCACAAACGGCGACCAUGCAGCUGAGGCUACCGAGGAGAACAAUGGAGGCGGCGUUUUCCAGAUCACGGUAAAAUUMCCGCRSGAGCCAUAUAAAAUUCAGGUGAUGGUUUCGAGCCAAGAACAAGUACAGGAUCUUCGCCAGUCCAUCGUCGAGCUUCCCGGCACUUUUCAAUAUACGUGCUUUCAUCUCGAAUUCAAUGGACAACGAAUCAACGACUACAUCGAGCUGUCUGAAGUCACUGAUCUCAAAGCUGAUUCCGAGGUCACACUCGUUGAAGACCCAUACACGGAGAAGGAGGCUCGCAUGCAUGUCGUUCGCAUCAGGGAACUGAUCGGCGCUGCUGGCGACCGCGUCGACAACUUACAGGGUCUCUCUACUGGCUUKUCACUUCAUGAUUCAGUGGCUARCGAGGKGGACAACUCAGAGUCAGAGACUCACCCCCUUACCGGCUACGACCCGAAUGCUUCUGGAACUUUCAGCACCAUUCUACCUCGAGCAGACGAACCUGCCCCAAAAACCAUCAAGGCUAUUUCGCUUUCGCCGUGGAACCCCCCUCCCUACCAUCUGCGACAAAAGGGCCACCUCCUUUAUCUUCAGGUGACCACCAAUGAGGGCGAACAACACCAGAUUACGUCCCAUGUUUCUGGCUUCUACGCAAAUAAAUGCUCUAACGCCAAAUUCGAUCCUUUCCCGCGUCCAGCACCCAAGAACCACAGCGCUCAUUCUUUACUUGCAUUGAUCUCGCAAAUUUCGCCAUCCUUUGAAAGCAGCUUCCGUGCUUUGCAGGAAUCGAACAGUCAGCGUGAUCUUCUGACUACAUUUCCUUUUCAGAAUGCCAUCCCAAAUAGCCCUUGGUUGGUGACCCCUACCGCGGCUUCCUUGAAUGCCCAUCAACCGGACGUAGCACGUUCUCAGGAGAAUUUGUUGAUCGCAGGUGUUGACAACUCAGAGACUCUUCGUGACUGGAAUGAAGAGUUCCAGUCGACCAAAGAGCUCCCUCGGGAGACCGUUCAGGAUAGAGUCUUCCGGGAACGCCUGACUUCUAAGCUCUUUGCUGAUUAUAACGAUGCUGCCGCCCGGGGUGCUGUAUUGGUCGCCAGAGGCGAAGUGGCUCCCUUGAACCCUACUGAGGGUCGUGAUGCUCAAAUAUUCGUCUAUAAUAAUAUCUUCUAUUCUUUCGGAGCAGAUGGUGUCGGUACCUUCGCCUCUGAGGGUGGAGACGAAGCCGCACGCGUCGCAGUUGGAAAGGAUGUGUUAGGCAUCAAAGCAGUCAACCAACUGGAUAUUGCCGGUCUGUUCACACCAGGUACCGUUGUCGUGGACUAUCUUGGAAAGCGUGUUGUCGGUCAAAGUAUCGUUCCAGGUAUCUUCAAGCAGCGCGAACCUGGCGAGCACCAGAUUGACUACGGUGGCGUUGAAGGAAAGGAGGUCGUCGCUGAACAUCCUGAAUUCAUCCCUGUCUUCGAGAAGCUUUCGAAAGCUCUGCGAGUUAAAAAGCACGCUGUAUGGGACAAAGAAGGAAAACGCCACGAUCUUGAAGGCAGUGUCGAGACUAAAGGGUUGCUUGGAACUGAUGGUCGGAAAUAUGUUCUCGACUUGUACCGUAUUGCUCCUCUUGAUAUCUCUUGGGCUGACGAAGAAAGUGACCAUGAUGCUUAUCCUCAUCGAAUGUCUAUUUUGCGUCUUGAGUUAGUAGAGUCGUACUGGCGGUCAAAGAUGAGUCAAUACGUUAAGGACGAGGUUGAGAAGAGACGAAGCAAGAAGGCCGAAGAAAAUGCAGCCAAGUCUGAAGCAGAAACUCAGCCUGAGGAUGCCCAGAAAGCUGCAGAAGAACAAGAGCGUGUGGACAUCUCUGGUUUCAAUCUGGCGCUUAACCCAGAUGUUUUCAGCGGACAAGUUCCUCAAACAGAGGAAGAGAAGAAAGAUUGGGCCGAAGAUGAGCAGGAAGUCCGCAAUGCUUGCGAUUACUUGCGAUCUCGAGUACUUCCUGAACUCGUCCAAGAUCUAUACAACGGGGAUGUAGGCUUCCCCAUGGAUGGACAGUCGUUGAGUCAAUUACUUCACAAACGUGGUAUCAAUAUCCGUUAUUUGGGCCACCUGGCUGGCUUGUCCCAGGAGAGAGGCCAUCGAUUGCAAUCCUUGACGACUUUGGUGACUCAAGAAAUGAUUGCCCGUUCCUUCAAACACAUUGCUAAUGGCCAUCUUCGCUCUCUACCUCCACCAUUCGCCGCUUCGUGUGUUGCUCAUCUUUUGAACUGUCUCCUUGGUUCUGAUGUGAACGCAAAGCCUCAAGCGGAUAUUGACGAGUCUCUGCGGGAGAUUUACCCCGAGGCUGAUUUUAGCUUCGAAAAAAUAACGCCUGCUAGUCUGCAGGCGGAGAUUGAGAAACAAGUUAAGAUUAGAUAUCGCUUCUCUCUUCCAUCUGACUGGGCCUCCUCUUUGAAACAUCUGCAAUUGCUACGCGAUAUUUCAAUCAAAUUGGGUGUUCAGCUUGCUGCUCGGGAUUUUGCUUUCACCAAAGCUCAAGCAGCAUCUCAGCCUGCUGUUACCAAUGGUGUGGAUGAGACCAAGCAUGAGGAGACCAAUAGCAAGAAGAAGAAAAAGAAGGCUGCCGGCGACAAUGCUUCUCCCACACGUUCAACCGUUGUCAAAGCAUUCACUACUUUCUUGGCGGAUGAUAUCCUCAAUAUUGUUCCUCUUAUCAAGGAUGCAGCUCCACGAAGUGCUUUGGCUGAGGAAGCUUUGGAGGCUGGGCGAAUUUCUCUGAUGCAGGGUCAGAAACAGCUUGGCCAGGAAUUGAUUCUAGAAUCGCUCUCCCUACAUGAACAGAUUUACGGCAUCCUCCAUCCCGAGGUCGCCAAGUUGUACCACCAGCUGUCGAUGUUGUACUAUCAGACGGAUGAGAAGGACGCCGCGGUUGAGCUUGCACGCAAGGCUGUGAUUGUCACAGAACGCACUCUAGGAGUUGACUCCGCAGACACUAUUUUGAGCUACCUAAACUUGAGUCUGUUCGAGCAUGCUACAGGUAACACAAAGAUGGCUCUGGUUUACGUCAAGCAUGCCAUGGAUCUUUGGAAGAUCAUCUAUGGUCCUAACCACCCUGAUUCCAUCACUACCAUGAACAACGCCGCCGUCAUGCUGCAACAUCUUAAGCAAUAUUCCGAUUCCCGAAAGUGGUUUGAGGCUUCUCUCACGGUUUGCGAGGAGUUGUUUGGCAGACAAUCCGUCAACACAGCAACUAUCCUAUUCCAACUUGCACAAGCCUUGGCCUUGGACCAGGAUUCAAAGGCUGCUGUGAACCGUAUGCGCGACGCCUAUAAUAUCUUCCUUGCCGAACUAGGCCCCGAAGACCGAAACACUAAGGAAGCCGAAAGCUGGUUGGAGCAGCUCACACAGAAUGCCGUUUCUAUCGCGAAGCACGCCAAGGACAUCCAAGCUCGCCGACUCCGCAAAGUCAACCUUAGCACACGUGUUUCUCUGGGUACAAAAGUCCAACCACAAGUUGGCCAGUCAGCUUCGUCAGCUGCCGGCGCACAGAAUGGCCCCGCUGCCGCAUCACAGCUUGAUAAUCGAAGCAUCGACGAACUCUUGAAGUUCAUCGAGGGCGGCGAGACCAGCAGCCCUCGUGGCAAACAAUCGAAGAGAGGAACCGCCAACCCGAAGCUCCGCGGCACAAAGCAAUCCAAAUAA